AUGGUGGACAUCCAGCCAUUUCUAAACACCAUUCCCAAGUCGGUGGUCGACACCGCCAAAGCUCUCAAGACCUUCUCGAAGCUCGAAUCUGCCUUGACAGAGCAUGCUUCCUCGCCGUAUGAUAGUAAGGAUGCAGCGAAAUCUGCUCUUGAAAAGAAGCUCCGGCCGGUCCUGACCGACGCUGGCGUAGGCAAGAAGGGUGUGCUUGAAAUCGUCGAAGCAUGUCUCGCUGUCAAGAUCAGCCCUCCCUCCGCAGCUACCACUGCAGAGCCAGCAACGCAGACGAGCGGAGUCGCUGAUUCGGAUCAAUCGUCCUCGAGAGCCACGUCGAGCGUGGCUGCCUCGACGGAGGCUGCGUCGUCUUCAGCCACGCCCGCCUCCAGCUCCGCGGACCACCACUCUCAAAAAGCGUCAGCAAGGAAGAGCAAAAAGAGCGAACGAGUAGCCAAGUCUGCCGCCAAGAAGGCGACCAGCUCAGAUGAUGAGCUCUCAAAUGCGGUCACAGCCAACCUGUAUCUCGACAACCCGGAUCCAAAAGUGCGUCUCAUCCAAGCGCUUUCGCAGGAAUCGCGCUUCCACCUCGACUGCACCGACACCGGCUCGCUCGAGAUCGACCUCAAACAAGUCACAGUCACGCUCGCCGGGCGUGAUCUGCUCUCCGACGCGCAUCUUCGAUUCAAAGCCGGCGUGCAUUAUGGCCUGGUCGGGCGCAACGGAACGGGCAAGUCCACCCUGCUCACCGCGAUCGGUGAAAAGCUCAUCCCCGGUCUCCCAAGGACGCUCAAGAUCCUCUUCGUCAGCCAGCUCACCAAUGCACGUGCUGCAGAUGAGGAUCCCGACGCAUCCGUGCUCAAAGUCGUCAUUCGCAGCGAUUCCGAACGCAGCCAGGCCGAGGAUGAAAGCAGGCUCCUCAGCAACGUGCUCGAGAACCAGGAAGAAGAGGUCGUUCGAGACGCAGUGCUCAAGGUUCGGCUCGAUCGAGCCAAGGACAGACUGAGGGAAGCACGUAAGCUUGCUGUCAAGUGGUCUGGGGCCCGCGGCUAUGGGGCUCGAAAGGACUUGCUCGUCGCCGAAAAGGAGUUUGAGGAGGCAGACGCCGAGGCGGCGCAUCCACCGCCCAUUCAGCCCGAAGAUGGCUCCAAAUGGGGCACCGAGGCAGGCAAGCUUCUGCUCGAGUCGCAGGCGCUUCUCGACGAGGUCGAUGCGAUCACCACCGAGGCACGCGCCCAGAAGAUUCUUCACGGGCUCGGCUUCUCUGCCGAACGCAUCCACGCCCCCUACUCGACGCUCUCGGGCGGCUGGAGGAGUCGCGCCUCGCUCGCAUCCGCCCUCCUCCAGCCCGCGCACAUCCUGCUUCUCGACGAGCCGGUCAACUACCUCGACCUCCCCGCCGUGCUGUUCGUCCAGCAGUUCAUCGCGUCCAUCCCGCACACUGUUGUGACUGUUUCCCACGACCGCGAAUUCCUCGACGCCGUAGCCGACGAGCUCAUCAUCCUGCGCAAGGAGAAGCUCACCUACUUUGAAGGCAACCUCACCACGUACGAGCGCGAGACUCGCCAGGAACGGCUGCACAAGCUGCGCCAGCAGGAGGUGCUCGACCGCAAAAAGGCGGCGGUGCAGAAGUCGAUUGCCGAGGCGGCCAAGUCGGCGAAAAAGUCGGGCGACGAUAACAAGAUGCGCAUGGUAAAGCAGAGGCAGCGCAAGCUCGACGAUCGAUGGGGUCUCGAGGUCAACAGCAAGGGUCAUCGGUUCAAGCUCAACAGGGACAUGGUGGGCUACUAUCUCUCGCAUCGAAGUGGACCCGACAUCGAGGAGCUCGAUGCGCCAAUUCGGUUCUCGUUUGCUGAUCCGGAACCAUUGCGGUUCCCGGGUAGCUUGGCGCAUCUUGAUGGCGUGAGCGUGCGCUACGAGGGGCAGAAGAAAGACACCAUCAAGGACGUCAACCUCAACAUUGGACCUGGCGAAAGGGUGGCUAUUGUUGGUCCGAAUGGACACGGUAAGACGACGCUGCUCAAUGCGAUGGUCGGCAAGCUCACUCCGUCCAAGGGCACUGUAGAGAGGCACGCACGCGCGACCAUCAGCAUCUACGCCCAACACACUCUCGAGGAACUUUCAAGCCAGUCUGUCACUGCUCUUGCGCACUUCCUCGAGCGCUUCCCCGAUGCAGGCGAUGCCAAUGCGCGAUCGUUCCUUGGCCAACUCGGCCUCAAAGGUCGCACUGCCGAUACCAUCCCACUCACCGGCCUGAGUGGUGGACAGCUCGUGCGUCUCGGUCUGGCCGAAGUCAUGUGGCUCAGCCCAGACCUCGUUGUCCUCGAUGAGGUGACCACCCAUCUCGACAGCGAUACGAUCGAUGCGCUCAUCGAAGCACUUCGCCUCUAUACCGGAGCCGUCCUGCUCGUCAGCCACGACAGAUACGCCGUCAAACGCAUCAUCGAACUCGCCCCCGACCCGGCGGCCAUCGAAGAAGAGCAAGACGACAUAGUCGCAGAAGAAGAUGACCCGGACCUCGAUCUUAAGUCGGCAGCAAAGGAACCAGGCAGGACGUACCUGCUCCAGAACGGCACCUUGAGACUGCUCGGCGGCGGAAUGGACGAGUACGCCGAUUCCGUCAUCCAGCGCCUCGAUGCCGUUUGA